AUGAACAACUUACCAUCUUUAUGCUGUAGAAGCAGCCAGGGUCUCAGAGCUGUCGCUCGGCCUGUACGCCAUGCUUCAACUUCCGCAACCCCAACGUCACCGAAGUCCUCCCGUUCCAACUCGCGCCGCUGGCUUAGCAUCAUCUUCGUUGGCGCAACAGCAGCAGGUGCAGGUGCCUAUAUUCGAUCUCAGAACACAUCAUCCGCGACCUUAAACCCCGAAACGUUUACCAAAUACAGCCUUGUAUCACGCGAACCCGUGUCCGCAACCAGCAGUCUCUUCACGCUGCGACCACGCAAACCCAACGACAGCAACUACGAUGUCUACGAAGAUGCAUGGAAGACAGGAGUUUGGAGCGUGAUGUUCAAGCAACCACAAUUACAAAUUGGACGAGAUUACACGCCGCUACCCACAACGGCAGCCACAUCGCUAAGCGUCGACGACGAAAAUGAGGGUUGCCUGCGGUUCUUCAUUCGGAAGGAUCCCUUUGGAGAGGUCUCGCGCUACCUGCAUACGAUUGAUGUAGGAGCCGAUGUUGAGAUGCGUGGUCCCAAAAUCGAGUGCGCGAUUCCGAAAGAAACGGAGGAUAUUCUCUUUAUUGCCGGUGGAACGGGGAUUGCGCCAGCUCUGCAGGCUGGGUAUUCCCUUCUGAGUCGCACGGACACUGAGCAUCGACCGAAGAUUCAUAUAUUGUGGGCCAAUCGAUUGAAGGACGACUGCGCUGGUGGUCACAGCGACUCCCUGAAGCCACAGCCACGCCGAGGCUGGUUCUCUGGGUGGUUUGGCUCUUCGAAAAGUCAGGGAACUUGGUCGGAAACUGCUGUUGAUGUUGUACGAAAAGAGGACACUUCUAUUAUUGUGCGAGAACUAGAGGCGCUCAAGUCCCAGUAUCCCGGGCAGGUCACUGUGGAUUACUAUUUGGACGAGGAAAACACGUUCAUUGGAAAGGAAGCUAUUAGAGGUGCUAUUGCACCAACGUCAACAGGCGACUCUCGCAAGGGCAAGUUGAUUCUGGUGUCUGGUCCUGAAGGGUUCAUCAGUUACAUGGCUGGGCCUAAGGUAUGGGCGCAAGGUCAGGAGCUCCAGGGCCCCCUGAACGGAGUCAUCAAAGAACUUGAUCUCAAAGAUUGGGGUGUAUGGAAGCUCUGA